UCCUGGGGCCAAGAAGAAUGAAUUCCUGACUAGUGUUUUGGAUGCAUUGUCCACGGAUAUGGUGCAUGCAGUUUCUGAUCCAUCAUUGUCUUCUAGCCGGGUUUCAGAGCCUGAUCCAAAUCACACGCUGGAAGAGAGAGUGGUCCACUGGUAUUUCAAACAGCUAGACAAAAAUUCCAGUGGUGACAUUGGCAAGAAAGAAAUCAAGCCAUUUAAGAGAUUCCUAAGAAAGAAAUCAAAACCCAAAAAAUGUGUGAAGAAGUUUGUAGAAUACUGUGAUGUGAACAAUGAUAAGUCCUUGUCAGUUCAAGAAUUAAUGGGCUGCUUGGGAGUAACAAAAGAAGAAGGUAAAGCAGAAACAAAGAAACGCCAUACCCCUAAAACCAACACUGAGAGCACUUCAUCCAGCAGGCAGCAAGGAUCUAAGAAGCAAGGGUAAACAGCUUACUGAUCCAAGGCAGAUCUCUUUGACAUGUGGGAGAUUUCCUCACCAAAAGGCAAUAAGAACAACUGUAGUAUUUGCACUUUGUACUUAAAAAUGUAAAUUCACUUUGUAGAAAUGCAAUAUUUAAACAGACUUUUUUUUUUUUAAUCUGUGAAAAUGUAAUGGCUAGUUUUUAAAAUUUAUCACAUACAAUGUAUGUGUAUUCUUUUUUUGUCUGAAAUAUGUAAAACAUGUUGGAGAUGUAAAAGUUUGCAUUUAAACCAUUUUUUAAAAGAUAGCUUUUUGGCAAACAAUAGCAUAGAAACCUAAUUUUAUGUAUUUUGGUUUCAAUAUUAUACCUUGUUUUUCUUAAUCAAGUCAUUUAAGUAGAGUUAUACUGAAAAGCCUACUGUACUCUGAAUUUUGUCCAGGCAGUGUUGGAUGUUUCAGGUUUGCAGGACUGAGCGAAGUGUAUAAAUUGUUGUUUACUUGGUUUUGCAGGUUUUAACUGAA